AUGAGAGAACGCAGCCAGCAGAGCCUCAGUGGACACGUCCUGUAUGUAGGGUUAUUCAGACAUCCAGGAAUGCUGCACAGGUCUAAGUACAGCCGAUUCAGGAAUGAUUCGAUAACAUCCCUAGAUGAAGGUACACAAAAUACGUCUUUAAAUAUCAAAGGUUCUUCUUCCUCUUCCCAUUCUUCAACACCUAAUUUACUGACAGAAGAUGUCUCCUUGGGGCCACAGGACACCUGCACCACUCUGUGCACACUGAUCCCUCGGAUGGCUAACAUUAAACUUGCCAACCCAUCAAAUCUGCCAGGGCUGAAAAGCUUCUGUCUGGGAACGAAAGAGGUGCCACGAAUUAAACUCACAGAGUGUGUGACCAUCCCAAGCAGCCCAACCUCACCUGAUAUCAGCUGUCUCUCGGCUUCUUAUCCACAGCCCAGCUUGGACAGGCUGGCCCUAACCCCAAAGCCAGUAUGGGACUGUGCCGUGCGGGGAGCUGAGGAAGCUGCCUCUGUGGGCAGGCAGGACAGGAGCCUUGCACAGAGCAGUGAAAGUGUGGGGGAGCCAGGAACGACCUAUGGUGUGCGGUACAUGGGCUGUAUUGAAGUACUGCAGUCAAUGAGGUCCCUGGACUUCGGCACCCGAACGCAAGUCACCAGGGAAGCAAUAAGCCGACUGUGUGAAGCUGUAGCAGGUACAAAUGGAGCUAUAAAAAAGCGGAAGCCUCCAGUGAAGUUUCUGUCUUCUGUACUUGGCAAAAGUAACCUUCAGUUUUCUGGCAUGAAUAUAAAGCUGACCAUUUCAACAAGCAGCCUCACUUUGAUUAACGUUGACACGCAGCAGAUUAUUGCCAACCAUCACAUGCAGUCCAUCUCAUUUGCUUCUGGAGGUGACCCAGAUACAACAGACUAUGUUGCAUAUGUAGCAAAAGAUCCUGUUAAUCAGAGAGCAUGCCACAUACUGGAAUGUCCCAAUGGGAUGGCGCAGGAGGUGAUAAACACCAUAGGGCAGGCUUUUGAGCUCCGGUUCAAACAGUACCUGAAGAACCCAUCUAGCCUGGUUACAUCUACUGAAAGCGAGGCAGCAAAUGCUAAUGGAUCAGCUGGGAAUUCACAGGAGAGGGAGGAUCAUGAAUAUUACAAUUAAAUUCCUUCUCCCACUGGUGGAGUGUUAGACAUGCGAAUGAGAGUGCAAACAGACCAAAGGGCUAACUGUCUUCUGCAGGGCAAAAAGCAGUAUUGCUUGACAGGCAGCCCAACAUUCAUCAAUAUAUAUGAAAAUUGUCCAGAAGAAAACAAAACCGUGGGUACUUGUGCUGAAAGAUCACAGAAGACAAAAAAAGAGGCAAUGUUAUUGAAGCCUGCCCACAAAAGAGAUCUUUUUGAUGAUCCAUGUUACAUCAACACACAGAACCUGCAGUCUGCAGUCUGUACAGCCCGCGGUACAGCGACAACACAGAUCCAUGAGAGCCCACUGCGUCAAGCCAAGUUACCGGAAGCUGUUCAGCAGAACGCCACAAGCAACACAGCUGGUCUCUGUGUUCUGCCACAAAUAAAGCAACAGCUAAAGAAUGAAGAUUGUUACCAUGGCAAGUUAAACAGGAAAGCAGCAGAAAGCCUCUUAGUCAACGAUGGCGAUUUUCUGGUGCGAGAGAGUACAACGUCACCUGGUCAGUAUGUCCUCAGCGGACUUCAGGGAGGGCAAGCAAAGCACCUGCUCUUGGUGGACCCUGAGGGCAAGGUGAGAACCAAAGACCAUAUAUUUGAUAGCGUGGGCCAUCUUAUUCAGUAUCACAUGGAAAAUAAUUUGCCAAUCAUCUCUUCUGGAAGUGAAGUGAGCUUGAAGCAACCUGUAAGGAAAGAGAGUAGUGUGGGGCACAUCCAGUAUCACAAAUAAACCCUUGGAUCUUACAAACCACAAGACGGUUCAGACCUGAAAAGUGUACUGAGAACUUUCUAUUAUGAAGACAAUUCAAAAAACUAUAGACUGCACUUUCUGCUGCUGUUCCAGAAGAUACCCUUUUGUGUGUUUAUGUAUGAAUAUAUGUAUAUGUGUAUAUCUAUGUAGAUCUAUAGAGAUCAACAAGCAUAGUUAUAUAGAUAUAUAUAAUCUUAAUUACACCUUUAGAGUGUGAGAUUCGUUUGUGAGAAGGUAUUUUAGACAUGCACAGAUGUCACUUUCAAGGUCAUACUGAAUCAGUAACUAUUUAAAAGCACAAUUAAACCUCUCCAUGCAAAAGCUCACUUGAACGAACUGCUGGAACAUUAGUAUGUGCCUUUUAGCAUAGAAUUACUGGAAACCGAUAUUAUUUAUACUGAAUUAGUUUUGGGUGGUUAAACAAACAUGUCUAAGCUUUUAACUAUUUGCCAAAACAAAUACAAUUUGAAUAUUACUAAAAUGUCAUCUGCUUUCGAUAGACACUAACAAUUUCAUUUUGCU